AUGGACGACAUAAAGACUGCCAGCGUCGCCGACGCGAGGGUGGACGAGCUGUGGACGACGCUUGAUUUGCGCAAGCAGGGCCAUUUGGACCUCGCCGGGCUGAAGAAGGGUCUGCGGAAGCUGGAUCACCCUCUGAAGAACGCAGAUGAGCUCCUGAAUGAGGUCAUGAAGGCGGUCGACGCGGACGGCAACGGCAAAAUCACAUACAAGGAGUUUCAUACAUUCGUCGAAGAAACGGAAAAAGAGCUACUAGCGCUCUUCCGCAGCAUUGACAACAACGGCGACGGCAAGCUCUCAAAAGACGAACUCCGCAGUGCGCUGCGACGUGCAGGUCUUGCGGUCCCAAACACCAAGCUCGACACCUUCUUCUCCGAAGUGGACACCAACGGAGACGGACACAUCAGCUUCGAGGAAUGGCGCGACUUCUUGCUAUUCAUACCCGUCAAUGCGCCGAACCUCCAGGCGGUCAUGUCCUACUUCAACGCCACACUAAAAGUCAAUUCAGAGGGCGACGUCCUCGUGAACGAUGACACCAUACACGGAUUAGGUACUUCAAAGCGUUUUCUUCACUUCUUUCUUGGUUCCCUGUUUCUCGUCGCGAAGACGCCGCCCUAUGGCUUUACAUCAGAUCGCGUCGUACCGUUGGACAUGACACGCGCUCCAAACUCUGCCAUUUCGCAAGAACUCCCGCCACGUUUCGACGACGGGGAGAUUGACGCUCCCCUUGUCGAGUCGCAAAGGGGGCUAAUCAUGAGCUUCGGAACCAUGCUGAUUGCUUGUGUUCCCAAUCCAGGCUACUUCGUGGCGGGAGGCAUUGCAGGCAUUGUAUCUCGCACAUCGACCGCGCCCCUCGACCGACUGAAAGUUUACCUCAUUGCGCAAACGGGCGCAAAGAAAGAAGUGGUGGCUGCAGCAAAGGGAGGAAACCUUUUCAAGAGCGCCGUACGCGCAUGGGAGCCGCUCGCCGUCGCCAUGAAGGAGCUCUGGCGGGCUGGCGGCAUGCGUAGUCUUUAUGCUGGAAACGGCUUGAAUGUCAUCAAGGUCAUGCCAGAGUCAGCGAUGAAGUUUGGCGCAUACGAGGCUACAAAACGUGCCUUUGCCAAGUUUGAAGGGCACAACGACCCGGCCGCCAUCCACUCCUGGUCCAAGUUCGCUGCAGGCGGAGUUGCGGGUAUGAUCUCGCAAUUCGCCGUCUACCCCAUCGACACGCUCAAGUUCCGCAUGCAGUGCGAGACGGUCGCUGGUGGACUCCACGGCAACCGCCUUAUAUGGGUCACAGCAAAGAAGAUGUGGCAGAGCGGAGGCGUCGUAGCUUAUUACCGCGGGCUGCCCAUGGGUCUCUUUGGCAUCUUCCCCUAUGCCGCGCUCGACCUGGGCACAUUCGAGUACCUCAAACGCUACGUGGCAAGGCGCAACGCGAAGAGGCUCGGCUGCCACGAAUCCGACGCGGAACCAGGAGGCUUCAUGACUGCAGCCAUCGGUGGCUUUUCCGGCGCAUUCGGCGCCAGCGCAGUGUACCCGCUGAACGUCCUGCGGACUCGACUCCAGAGUCAGGGCACCGUGCUGCACCCCAAGACAUACACGGGGAUCAUGGACGUGACACGGCAGACAAUCCAAGGCGAGGGCGUCCGCGGGUUAUUCAGAGGCCUGACGCCCAACCUGCUCAAGGUCGUGCCCGCCGUGUCCAUCACGUACGUUGUGUAUGACAAGUCGAAGAAAGCCCUGGACUUGCCUUGA